AACACUACUAUUGUGUGCAUAUUCUUUUCAGGACCAUAUACUACAUUAGUACUACAUUCUACAAGUAAUUUGAGUCAUUUAAAUUCGGUUGAUAAUAAAUCUGGUUAAUCAUACAUUCCCCUCUUGUCACGCUAUUGCUGUCACUACUUGAGCUAAGCUACUUGUGUAGUUUAUUUAGAGAGAACUGUAAGACUACUCACAUAGAUAACGCGAAAAAUUCCAAACAAAAAUUAAAUCGAGAAAGAAUAAUGGAAGACACCGGUGAAGGGAGUGAUGUGAAGGAGAUCAUCCAAGGCAAGGAAAAUACUGCAGAACAACAUAAACUGUCACUUAUGAGAGCCUUUGUUGAAUGCCGUGAUCCUUCUUCUAAGGAGGUAGAUGACUUGACACUUAGAAGAUUUUUAAGAGCACGCGAUCUAGAUGUGGAGAAGGCAGGGGCGAUGUUCUUGAAGUAUCUGAAAUGGAGAAAAACAUUCAUACCUAAUGGAUAUGUAUCAGAGUCAGAAAUACAGAAUGAACUUUCUCAAAACAAAGCUUUUGUAGGAGGUAACGAUAAGAAAGGACGUCCUAUACUGGUUGUGUUGGCUCGCCGACACUUCCAAAACACCACACCUGGAGGUUCUGAUGAAUUUAAACGGUUUGCUGCAUAUGUUCUUGACAAGAUAUGCACAAGGAUGCCCCUUGGACAGGAGAAGUUUUGUGCUAUUGGAGAUCUUCAAGGAUGGGGGUACUCGAACAGCGACAUCCGUGGAUAUCUUGGAGCUCUCUCUAUCUUGCAGGACUGUUAUCCAGAAAGAUUAGGUAAGCUGUUCAUAGUCCAUGCACCAAGAAUCUUUAUGGCUGUAUGGAAGAUUAUUUACCCAUUCAUCGACGACAACACCAAGACCAAAAUAGUAUUUGUGGAGAAACGGCAACUAACAUCAACCAUGCUAGAAGAUAUCGACGAGAGUCAACUUCCUGAUAUAUAUGGAGGCAAACUGCCACUGAAGCCUAUUCAGGUUGCCUGACAGUACAAAAAUAUAGCAUUUCAGAAACAAAAACCUUCAGAAGUAGAGCUCCAACAAUCCAACUGUUAUCACUAUUAUUCAUGUUUAAUCCCUUUGAACGUACCAUCUGAUUAUCUGAGCAGAAAUACAUAUUAUUCUCUGAAUUGGCAAGCAGAGUACUACAGAUAUUUUUUGCAACUUGUGUUAAGAUUGUUAAAUACUACUGAGUAUAAUUUUGAAUUUUCUGCUAUUAUUCGAUGAAAACGAAGAACCAAUAUAAUGUUACCUAUAUGUGUCAUACAAAGGAGGACAUAGGAAAUGGAGGGAUAGUUAGUCCUUCCGUCCAAUGAUGGAUCCAGAAAUUUUACAUUCACCGGGCCGGAUUUUAGUGUUGAUUUAUAAAUUAAGGAAAUUUUGACAUUUGUUACCA